AAAAACAAUCAGUGAUUUCUUACAACUCCUUGAUUAAAUACAAAUUAAAUAAAUUAAAAAAAAAACAGACAUUAUAUAAAGAAAGUGUUUGAAAAGAUAUUCCUUUGUUCUCUUAAAAUUAUUUUUUUUCAUCGAAAUAAAAAAGAACCAAAAUUCGAAAAGAAAGUUGAAAAAACAAAGACAAAAGGGGAAACUAAACCAUGAGUGAAAUAACUCCACACGAAUCUACACCCACAUCGAAUGCCAUCGAUUCCAAGAUUAUGGACAUCUUGAAUCCAUCGCUACACCAUCAUGAUUUGUUGCAAAGCUACGUGCGAUCUCCGGCUGACAGCAUUUCGAAUUCGAAACAAUCCGAAGAGCUCGAAAAUUUCAAUAAAAAUCCUUCCUCUCUGGGCACCUGUCUCGCUGCAGAGUCCUCGGAGGAUGUCGACAAAGAAAGCCGUAUCAGCCACGAGCCGAAAAGAAAAGGGAACCGCAAAAAGGAACAGAAGAAUAAAUCAGAGAAAUCAUCCAUCGAGUCGGAAAUGAAUAUUCAAAAGAAAAAGAAAAAGAAACGACGGCAGGAUAAUGGCGUUCGACGCCAGGAAGAGGUGUACACCGAUAAAGAUCGGGCUGCAGCGGUAAACAUGGGUACCAGGGACAUUAAAUUGUCCUUGAAAAUGAAACAGAAACAGGAUCGGAAUCUAAAUUUGCCAGAAGAUACCGAGCCGACCGCUAUGCUGGCUUUAGGGCUACGCGAGAUGCGCAUCGGUGACAUUACAGUUGCUAUGAACUGUAUCAAUAAGGCAUUGGAUCUCGAGCCAAACGACAAGACUGCCCUAAUAGCACGAAGUAAAUGCCAUCUAUUGCUAGGGGAACCGCAGAAAGCAUUACAAGAUGCAGAAAGUGCGUUGCAACAUAAAUUGAAAAGUGUGAACAUGGCCAAAGCGAUGUAUUGUAAAGCAGAAGCCUUGUACCAUCUUAAUGAUUUUGAAAUGAGCCUCGUAUAUUAUUAUCGUGGCAUGAGAAUUCGUCCGGAAUAUGGACAUUUUCGUCUCGGUGUUCAAAAGGCGAAGGACGCGAUAAAAAAUGUGUUGCGCAAAAAUUGA